UUUCGUAACAAAAAUAGACAGACUAUCAAUCAGCCUGUCAGUUGUUACGCAAUUAAAGAAAUGCAGUUUGCACUUUUAGUUCACCUUACUCCCCCAUCCCCAACAGUAAUAAACUCGUCCUGACGUCGACGUGACUUAGACGGCUCCGUCUGCCGACUGCCUCUGCCACAGCUGACAGACGACAGUGAGAGUGACUACGACUAGUGAGCUAGUGACAGACAGCCCGGAUAAGGUUAUGUUAUGUUGAUGGUAAACUAACACCAAAAACUGACGUUUUGGCGUUCGUCCGUUACUCGUUUGUUACGGUGUUAAAGUGUUAUACAAUUUGUAUUCUUAUUCUUGUAUUUGUUAAAAUGAAAAGAAGCUAUCAAAGUGGGGCAAAGAAAAGGCAAGACAAGAAGAAAAGAGAAGAGGAUGCUUCAAAGUGUUCUUCCACCCUAUCUGCUUGGUUAUGUCCUACUACUAGUACUACUACAACUAAAAGUACUAAUGUCACAUCUACAUCUAGUACUGAAACUAGACCAAUAAUUGCCUCAGUCCCAGGAAAUGAGAUUGAAGAGGAAGUUACAGCUCAAGAUAACGCUGAAGAAAGUAUUGAUGAAGAAGUAACAUGCCUAGGGCUAGGGCAUCAACAAGAAAAUUGUGCCAAACCUCCAACAAGUCCUACGUCAAGCAGUGAACUGAUCGGCGUAAAUGAUCAAGUGGAAUGUAGCCGGACGAAUAAAAUUAAUGAAACUUGUUUAAACACCGGAGAACCCCAUUUUCCAGACCAGAUCAUCGAUCCAGAGGUGAAAAAACGAAUUAUUGAAUUAGGACUAGGACCCUAUCAACCAGUUGGCCCAUUUCCAUAUGAUGGAAAACAAGGUAGGUCCUUUUCAGACAAUUAUUUUACCCUGAAGUCAAAGUCUGGGCUCAAACUGAAAAGAACUUGGUUGUGCUAUUCGUCCAAAUUGGAUUGUGUUUAUUGCCAACCUUGCUGGUUGUUUCCCCAGAAAGGACCUGCAGGAGGAUGGGAUUCAGGAUUAAGGGACUGGAAACAUUUGUCUGAUCGCAUAAAGACACAUGAGAAUUCACAGCACCAUGCUGAUUCCUGCUUGGUUUAUGAGCAAUGGCGACGUCAUGGCUCAAUAGACGAUGCAUUAGAAAAAGGUUUGAAGGAGGAGCGGAAUUUUUGGAGGAAAGUUUUGAAGAGGGUCUUAGAUGUCUCCCUUAUGUUGGCAACAUGCAACCUUCCUUUUCGUGGAGACAGUUGGCAUAUCACUGAUAGAAAUAAAGGUAAUUUUCUAUCAUUGAUUGAAUUGCUGUCAAAAUAUGACACUAUCCUAGAAGAUCUAAUUACAAGGCCAAGUGGUACUGUUAAUUAUCUCAGUCCAACAAUUCAGAAUGAAAUUAUUUCUCUGAUGGCUAGUGAAGUGCUUAGUGGAAUUAAAGAAGAGCUUUUGAGUGCGCCUUUUUUCUCCAUAAUUUACGACACAACACAAGAUGUAAGUAAAGUAAAUCAGCUAAGCGAAGUUUUUCGCUAUGUAAAGAUUGACCAUGACCAACUCGGAAAACCUUGUGAGUUGAGAAUUUGUGAAACGUUUACAUCUUUCACAGCAGUUACUGACCAAACCGCUUCGGGGCUAGAAGACGUCAUCAUAAAAUCAAUUUCAGAAAAAGGCCUUGACAUAACAAAAUGCAGAGGACAAGGAUACGAUGGUGCAUCGGUCAUGAGUGGUGUGUAUAAUGGAGUACAAAAGAGAAUCCAAGAACUUGCACCCCAUGCCUAUUUCAUUCACUGUGCCAGCCAUAAUUUGAAUCUGGUUCUUAAAGAUGCCGUUGAAUGCAAUCGAGAAAUAGCACAAUUUUUUGAGACGGUGCAAAAUAUUUACAGUUUUUUUGGCCACAGCAUUGUUCGGUGGCAAGAACUAAAAGUCGUUUCUGGUUGUACAGAGAAUCCGAAGGCUCCUGUUCCUAAAGACAAGGUAACAUUAAAGACUUUAAACCCUACACGUUGGGCAGGGAGAUAUGAAGCUGUGUACGCUUUAAAGGAAAGGUUCGGUGAUGUAAUGAAAGCCUUAAAUAAAAUAAUUUUGACAAGCAAAAAGCCAAAGGAAAGGAAUGAAGCUGAGGGGCUCAAAAAAGGUUAG